CCGUCAACAUGCCCACCAGAUUGAGCAACACCCGCAAGCACCGCGGCCACGUCUCCGCCGGUCACGGACGUGUCGGAAAGCACAGGAAGCAUCCCGGUGGUCGUGGUAUGGCUGGUGGUCAGCACCACCACAGGACCAACAUCGACAAGUACCACCCUGGUUACUUCGGAAAGGUUGGUAUGAGGUACUUCCACAAGCAGCAGAACCACUUCUGGAAGCCCGUCAUCAACCUCGACAAGCUCUGGUCGCUCGUUCCCGCUGAGAAGCGCGACGAGUACCUCGCCAAGAAGGGCGACAAGGCCCCCGUCCUCAACCUCCUCGACUUCGGCUACUCUAAGGUCCUCGGCAAGGGCCGCCUCCCCGAGGUCCCCAUCGUCGUCCGCGCCCGUUACUUCUCCGCUGAGGCCGAGAAGAAGAUCAAGGAGGCCGGCGGUGUCGUCCAGCUCGUCGCAUAAGCGCUCCCCACGGGUGUACCAACUGGUUAUCGGCAUGAACGCGCAUGACUUCACGGCGUCAGGAUGGAUACGGAUAAAAGCUCUUUGAUGACAGUGGAGGAAUAGGGUCCGCGUGCCGACAGGCCACGGAGCUCUUGCAGCGUGGUGGCUGAGGAAUGGUGAUUCAUAGCGAAUACAUCCAUUACCUGAACAAACCUCCCAGCUCAGUGAGCUCCACUCUUUGAGUGAUUGCGGUACAUCGCAGGGGAUUUCCAUGGCUUUGCUGUGAUGAUGUGAUUUCGGUUAUGACUCGUGAGCCUGUGAUAUGUUGAUCGUUCACGAACUGAGGAACUGCUGUCUCGGCGGGGACCAACACCCCUAGAGAUCGUGAUGACGAAGGUCUUCGUCCAUGACUUGCCUUGCGUAAGCAAUCGAAGAAGAUGUCCUUUCGCAGUCGUG